UAUUGGUGGAUUUCAGUCUCGCGUCGUCCAUCGAAUCGUUCAGUUGUGCUUUCAUUACGCUGCUCGGAUUCUGCUCUCUACUCAGUGCGCUACAGCCGAACCUCUUCCAGCUUACCAAGCCCACAACUCGCUCGCUCACACAUUCCGGGUGACCAUCUGUUGAAUCCGCGCUUCUCCUUCCGGUGCCGUGCUACGAACGCUCUGUUAAGUGAAACAUACUCAGCAAGGAACCAACAAAAGCUCAAAAAUGGCCAUCAAUCGUCUAUCAGUGGUGAAAUUCCUGGAAUUGGCCCUCACCCUCUGCUGCGUGGCUCUCCACUACAAAAGCUUGGGUGAGACUAGCGAGCUGACGAUAAUGCUCGUUUCUGGCACCUUCGUAGGCUACACCAUCAUCCUGAUCGGUCUUUUCGCGGGCUACCUCAUCAGCAACCCCAUCAACAAGAAGCUCGAUCUGUUCUUCAGCCUGCUCGGUUGCGCCAUGUUCAUCGCUUCCGGUGUGCUCAUCCUGGAGGCCUGGGAGAGCGGUUUCAAAACCGAGCGCCGUCGGUUGGCCAUCUCCAAGGGCUCGCUAGCCAUCAUCAACGGAGUGCUGUUCUUCUUCGACUCCGUCUUCACCUUCAGAGAUUAAACGCCACCACCCCGUCGUCAAAAUGUGGGCACAAUUAACAUUACAUACCAAAUAUGGAGAGGCACACAGAAGAAGGAAAUUAAACAUAGAAACGUGUCCAUCAACCGCAACAGAAAUAACCCGUUUGCAAUCUCACUCUAUACUUUUGUGUAGCUAAGACGUUAGGAUGCUAAGAACGAUAUUUAUGUAUACCGCGUGAGCAAAUUUAACAAAAAACAAAACUGUUGUUAAAAUCCUUGGUCAAGUUGCUUGCAAGAAAGGAUGUGUGAAAUCUAUGUCAUAGCUUUUAGUUCGUUGAUUUGAUUAAAUUUACCCCUAGGAGGCGCUAUCGUUGACUAUAAAUUGCCAUAGAUGGCAGUGCGAUGUUCAUCUGUUUUAUGUUAAUAUGCUAUAAAAAUCAGUGAAGAGGCACUCGAACCUGGUGAAACACACAAACAAAAAUGUACUCAUUUCAUAAAAAUAAAACGACAUCAUUACUUACUAAAAUGUUUUGAAGGCUAAAAUUAAAGACUACGAUUACUAUACGUGAGCGCUCUGAGCGCUGGUUAAAAUAAAUGUAGUUUCCGACCGAAGCGAGGUGACAUUGACGGCAAAAUUUGUUCAAAGUUCAUACCGUUGACCGGAGCACAGGAACGCAGUGGAGGUAUGCGCAUUCCACAGCAUCCGUGUGAUGGGAAAAAAAGGCGGACAUGCGUGUUCGUCGCCUGCCAUAUUCAUUGAUCGCCGUUGAUAUGCUAGAAUCCUUCGGGCAUGGACGAAACCGGUUGCCAUGAUUUGCGUGGCGGGAAACAAGCAAAUCAAACAAAUUAUAAAGCAUUCUUGCUAGAUGACAAUUGGCGAUUUAUUGAAGUGUUCCAAACAAUCUAUAAACUUCCGCUUAGAUUAACGAGCUUUCAAGUGUGUAAGAUCAAUUAAGGAUCAUUAUCGGUACAUAUUUUUGACUCAUUGUAAAACAAUACAAGAAUACAAAUGAAAAACAAAUUUUAUCAAUCAUAUUUAAUCAUACUAUAUUUUCUUAUAACAUUUACCCCAGAUAUUCCCACUGCUAACCGUAAUGGAUAUAUAGAUAACAAUAUAUAUUUGAAGAAAUCCUGAAAUUGUGAGCAAAAUAACCUUAGCUUCUGUAGCAUGAAGAGUACAAACUCAUGUCCAAUUAAUUGCGACCAUAUUUCUAAUGUUUACUGAUGAUUAUUGAUACUAUCUAAAACAAUAAAAUCUCAAUUUUUGUAAGAAA